AAUCCUCACUUAGCUAAAAAACUACAUGAUGUUUUACUUGAAACUUGUGUCAUUGCUCCGCCAAAUUUAGUUUCUGAAAUUUAUCACGAGUUAGGCUCCCCAACUGAAGAAAAAGAUGAACACAAACCAGAAAGUGGACAAGAGACUCAGGUUGACGAAAAUCUCGGUCCUACAUUGCCUCACCAAGAGUUCAUCCGAAAGGAGGUUCAAGCAGCCAGCUGGAGCACUCUAAGCCUGUUGAAGGUUUAGGAAUAAACCUUCUUCUUGAUCCGAAGUUAGCAGCUGUACAACAUACACCAUCCCAGGUAACAUAUGGGAAAAAUGUUCCAGUUGCAGCAGCUGCUGCUGUUGUUGCUUCCUCUAUGGUAGCUGCUGUAGCAAAGUCAAACAGUGACUCGAACAUUGAGCUUCCAGUAGCUGCAGCGGCCACUGCAACUGCUGCAGCUGUAGUAGCAACCACUGUGUCUGUCAGCAAACAGUAUGAGCAAGGCAGUCGAAGUGACGGACACAUGGAUGGCACUGGUUAUGAGCCGAAGGGUAGUGGUGAUGGUGAGAAUAUUGUGGUAGGAGCAAAUUCAGAAGGUGAUAGAAUAUCUGAUAGAUCUAAUAGUAAGCAAUGACAGUACAAAAUCUGAUUUUACAUUAGAUGAUGUUGCCGAGUAUGACAUUCCGUUGGAGGAAAUCACACUGGGUGAACGUACGGGACUUGGAUCGUAUGGGGAGGUAUACCGUGGUGAAUGCAUGGAACAGAAGUUGCUGUAAAAAGAUUUCUUGAUCAAGAUAUAUCUGGUGAAUCACUUGAAGAAUUCAAAAGUGAGGUUCAAAUAAUGAAAAGACUGAGGCAUCCAAAUGUUGAUCUCUUCAUGGGAGCAGUUACUCGACCUCCGAAUCUUUCUAUUGUUACUGAGUUUCUUCCCAGAGGAAGUUUGUAUAGACUAAUUCAUCGACCAAACAAUCAAUUAGAUGAGCGAAGGCGGUUGAGUAUGGCCCUUGAUACUUAAACUAUUGAAGCUACUAGAAGGCCAGAUGGAGUUUUGCAACAACCAAAAUCAAUAUUAUUCUAUUGAGCUCAACUCUUAUAUGCAC